AUGUCGAAAGCGAAAUUUAUCAAACCUGAUACACCCAUCUCACCUGAUUCUCCCAUUCAUAGUAUCGCGCCUUCAUCGCGCUCGUCUUCAAUAAUCGGUAGUAGCACUAGAAGUAGUACGACCGAUAGUGAAUCCGAAGCAUUGGAUUCUCCUCUUCUUGAUUCGUCCCAAGCUGUAAAUGAGGAUAAACAAUUGGGAAGGAAAGAACGACUGAAUCGAGCGGCAGAUUAUAGCUCGGAUAGCACGUCGGAGGGAGGAUACUCAACAGGACCACAACUGUCAGAAGAAGAAGCAGGAGGACAUAGUGAAGCUGAUCAGUCGACCUCUGAAGGGGAAGAAGAUAGCGACUCGAGUCAGUCGAAUGAAGAGAAUUCCAGUGAGGACAGUGAUAUCUCCGCUACACGAGAUCCACUUGCAAGGAAAGACAAGAGCAAUAUUAGGAGAGGAGUAGAAAUAGAACGACAUUCUAGCAAGACGGAAAGAGCAUCGACUACGCCAACUGAGACACCGCCAAACAGCGCCAAAACUCUUGAGCUUGAAAAGAAGAAUAAGAAGAAAACGAGGUCGACGAGUAGGAAAAGGCCUCGUGCAAAGGGUGAGGCAAGAGACAAAAGAGACUUGCCCGUCGAGGAAUCAGGCAUAGAAGCAGACGAUAACAUCGAAGAAGAGGGGGAUAACGUAGAAAGAGAAGAGGGGAUCUCUUUGUCUGCAAAGAAAGGAGCAAUCAUACCCUUAGUACCUGUUCGACCGAGAACUCCAAGGACUUGGAAACACGAUAUGGCCCGACUAAUAUCUCUGUAUGUAGUACCACUUCUGCUGUCCGUUCCCAUAUCUCUGUUACUGUCUCUUAACGUUCAACUCCUCACACCUUUGUACAAUUCUAUUCCUCUAGCAUUGCACACCGAAUCAUUACAUGUUGCAUGUGCCCUCCUUCCAGCGAUCGCAUUUUGGUAUAUAACUCUUCGAAGUUCGGCUAAAGAAGUUAUAUCAUUUAGAGUAUGUUUCAGUUUAGCAGCGCUGAGUGGGGAUUUAGUAGCUGUUUUCGGUAGGAAAGUGGGGAGUAUGAUGGGUAAUCUCCUAGGUCCUGAAUGGGGUGCAUUUGGCGCAAGAGCUAUCUUAGGAGUUGGAAUAAUCAGUGGUGGACUAUCUUUUGCUCUGUUAUGUUUCGAUCAUAUAUCACCUAUACUACCUGCAACCAAACCCACGGAUAGACCUAGAAAUUUAGGUUCGAUCCUCUAUCGAUCGACUUUCUACGUAUUUCAUAUAUACUUCUUCGAGCGAAUGUGGACUCGAUAUCUUUCAAUAGAAGUAUCAAUAUUAAAUCGCAAUCCAGAAAAGACCAUCCUGUUCGUUUCUCUCCUUCUUACUGCUAUAUCAUUAUUCCUUCGUCCUGGAACAUCAUCAACUCCGUUCCCUACAAGAGCCCAGUCGAUUAUUGAUCGCUCAUUUGGCUUAACACCUCAAGCUUCAAAAGGUGUAUCUAAUUUUACCAGCUUCUUACCAAGUCAUGCAUUCCCACUCUUACUUCUACUUCGUAUACCACUUCUUAUCUUAGCUUUGAGACAACAAGUUUUCCUUCGACCUCCUACCUCUAAUCCUUACAUUACUGCCAACGGAGAGUUGAGAGUAAUCAGCUCAGUAAGAAGUAUAACGGGACAAAUCGUAGUUGCCGAAAACCUCAAAGAUGGUUAUAGGUUUCUGAGAUGUGAUCAUUCCAUACUUGGUGGACGGUGGAUAAGGGAAGUAACAGAUGAUUCAAUUAAAGGAGGUAUCAGAACGAAUAUGGGAGAUUCAAUAUUCGCUACUUUCAAUCUGCAGGAAAUAGCUGUACUAGCUCAUCGAUCAGAUCCGUCAGAGUCACUGAUAAGAACUUUGCAAUUGACUACAGAUCUAGAAGUAGACUUAGACGGUGAGCUUGAUCAAGAAGAAGACAAAGAACCGGAAAGGGCCUUGAUAAUUGGUCUAGGAGCCGGGAUCGCUGCUUCGACGUUUUCCAAGCGAGGGAUGUACGUCGAUAUAGCUGAAAUCGAUCCAGUCGUUUAUAUGGCUGCACAUGAGCAUUUCCUACUUUCGGCUCAUUCAAUAGCAUCAACCAAUAUUAUCGAUGGAUCGUCUUUCAUCUCGCAAUUAGCAGAUCUGAAAAGGGAAAAUAAUGAGACUGAAGAAAGUCUAGUUCCAAUGUGGGAUUAUGUGAUUCAAGAUUGUUUUACGGGAGGCACAGUACCCGGUGAAUUGUUCACAUAUCAAUUCUGGCAAGAUCUAGGUGAAGUAACAAAAGUGGAUGGGAUAAUAGCUAUGAAUUUCGCUGGUAUAUUGAAAAGUAAAGCUUCCAAAGCAGUAUUGGUCACUCUUCUAUCUGUCUUUCCACAGUGUAGAGCUUUUGGAGAUGGGUUUGAAGCUGAUCAAGGUCCGAAUGAUUUAGUCAAUAUGGUUGUAUUUUGUACCAAAACAUAUUCCCCUUUAUUGACAUUUCGAGCUCCAACACCAUUCGAUGGACUCCGAUCACCACUAAGAGCCCAUGUAUAUUCGACUUUCCAUCCUCAUGAAAUACGCUUGGACACUAUCGUAUCAGACGAAGAUAUGGUGGAUCCUGAAUUGAUGUUGGUCAAAGGAAGAGCAAAGAAAGAAUUGAAUAAAUGGCAGAUUGGAAGUAGCAUGGCCACUUGGAGAGCAAUGCAGAAGAUCUUAACACCUGAGAUGUGGUUGGCUUACUGA